UCCCUUCUUGGUGUCUGGACAGUACCCAGGGUGUCUGGGAGAAGGAGCAGGGAGAGGACAGAAGGGGUGUCCCCAGCACCUGAGGGUCUCCCCCACGAUGCCACCCCAUGGAGGGGUGUUUCUGGGUCUCUGGCUGCUGCUGGCCCCCAGUCUGGCUGAGCCCCCCUCCAGCACAGGGGGGGCCACCCUGGCCUUUGUCUUUGAUGUCACGGGCUCCAUGUAUGAUGACCUGGUGCAGGUGAUGGACGGGGCUUCACGCAUCCUGGAGCGGACACUCGGCAGGAGCACGAAGCCCAUCAGCAACUAUGCACUGGUCCCAUUCCAUGACCCAGAGGUGGGACCCGCCACCCUCACCGCGGACCCCCGGCUCUUCCAGCGGCGUCUGCGGGAGCUUCACGUCCAGGGUGGAGGGGACUGCCCGGAGAUGAGCGUGGGAGCCAUCAGGCUGGCUGUGGAGGUCUCACACCCUGGCUCCUUCAUCUAUGUCUUCUCGGAUGCUCGGGCCAAGGACUAUGAGGGGGAGGAGGAGCUGCUGCAGCUGCUGCAGCAUAAGCAGACCCAGGUGGUGUUUGUGCUGACCGGGGACUGCGGGGACAGGAGCCACCCCGGGUACCGCGUGUACGAGCGCAUCGCUGCCACCAGCUCCGGGCAGAUCUUCCACCUGGACAAGCAGCAGGUGGCAGAGGUGCUGAAGUGGGUGGAAGAGGCCAUCCAGGCCUCCAAGGUCCACCUGCUGUCCACAGACCAUGAGGAUGGUGGGGAGCACACAUGGCAUGUCCCCUUUGAUUCCAGCCUGAAGGAGGUGACCAUCUCCCUGAGUGGUCCUGCGCCAGGGAUCAAGGUCCAGGAUCCAGCAGGAAAGGUCGUGGAGAAAGGCCAAGGUCUGAAGGAACUGCUCAGCAUCCCCAACUCAGCCACGGUGGUGGCUGUGGAGCCCCAGGAGCCAGGGAUGUGGUUGGUCACGACCCAGAGCAGUGGCCGCCACUCACUGAGGGUCACAGGAAUCAGCAACAUUAAUUUCCAAGCCACUUUCUCCACCCAGCCAGACUUUGAUGCCACCCGGCCAGGGGAGCGGCCAGUGCAGGGUCUGCCUAUCUCAGUGGUGGUGAACUGCACUGGUCUGAAGCCCCCUGGGCACUUGCAGGAGAUUGAGCUCUUCAACACCUCUGGCCAUGUUCUCCUCUCACUGCCUGCGUGGCCCCUCUCCAACACCUCCUUGGAGCAGCUCUGGGUGGGCUCACCACUCCAUGUCCCCCCAGGAGACUUUCUGCUGAGGGUGAAGGGCAAAGACGCUCAGGGCCACCCCCUGCACCGCCUCUCUGGGGUCACCUACACCAGUGUGGUCCCCAGUCCACCCAAAGUGAACAUCUCCAGCAAGAUCCAGGCUUACAACCGUGAGCCACAGCUGAUCUCCUGCUCUGCAAGGAGUGAGGUCCCUUUCCUCCUGCAGCUCAGCCGUGGUAGGAUGAGCCUUGGGGAAGAGCAGCCCUUCAGGAGUUCAGGGAACAUCAGCUGGCUGAUCCCUGUGGUGACCAAGAGUGAUGAAGGGUUUUACGAGUGCACAGCCACUAGCAAGGUCGGGGUGACACGGGCUCACACCUACAUCUCUGUCUCAGAGCCACCCCCACGCCUCAUAGCCCCAGCCAACAUCACUGCUUCACCGGGCCAGGACGUGGUCAUGUCCUGCCGGGUUCUGAGCCACAUGCCCUACAACCUGACGUGGAGCUGGGAUGGGAAGGCAGCAGUGCCAGGGGACAGCCGGACCAGGCUGCUGCAGAACGGCUCCCUGGAGAUCAGCCAGGUGCAACCAGGGGACAGGGGGCUGUACGAGUGCGUGGCCCGCAGCGCCCACGGCUCUGCCACCGCAGCCCUCUGGCUCUUCAUCCAGGAGGUGCCGUGGGUGAAGGUGGAUGCCAGUCCCCAGCGUUUCAGCAGGGGCCAGGAGCUGCGGCUGAACUGCACGGCUGGGGGGCACCCCCUGCCCCACACUGCCUGGAAGCGCUGGGGCUGGGCACUGCAGCAGGAUGAGAGGGUUUUCACGGAUGCUCGGGGUACCCUGCACAUCAGGGCUGCCAUCCCGGAGGAUGCAGGGAAUUACAGCUGCUCUGCCAGAAGCGCGGUGGGCUGGGAUGAACAGGUCGUCACCCUGGAGUUCACCGAACCUCCGGCCAUCCUGGCAAUGACACCCAGCCUGAAGGUUCUAGUGGGAGAAGAUGUGACCCUGGAGUGCUGGGUUUCGGGGGUGCCCCCACCCCACAUUGCCUGGUACAAAGGUGAGCAGGCGGUGGCAGCGUUUCCCCCGGGCAGCCGGCGCGCUGUGCUGCGGCUGCAGGCGGUGCGGGAGCGGGAUGCGGGGCGGUACGUCUGCCGGGCCCGGGGGGAGGCCGGCGUCGCCUGGGACAGCACCGUGCUGGACGUGGGCUCUGCCCCCCACUUCCCUGAGCCCCUGGGGGACGUGGCAGUCGAGGUUGGGCAGCAUGUCAGCCUGAUGUGCCACGUCGAGGGCUCUCCCCAGCCACGGAUCUCCUGGUCUCGCAAGGAUGGGAAGCCCAUGACAGGCUGGAAUGGUCCACGUGGUGUUUCCAUCCAUCCAGAGGCUGCCGAGCUCCUCAUUGACAGUGCCUCUCUGGAUGACCAAGCUGUCUACAUCUGUGAAGCCAAGAAUGACUUUGGGAAAAUCCAAGCGGAGGUCAAGCUCACAGUGACCGGACAGGCCCCAGAAAUAGCUCUUGCAUCCCCUGUAGUCAUUGUGCUCCUGGGCCAGCCUGUGUUUCUGCCCUGUGUGAUCCUGGCUGGGAAACCCAUCCCAACCCGCAGCUGGCUGAAGGACGGGCAGCUGGUAGCCUCAAGUGGCCGCUACUCCAUCCAGGCUGAUGGGAGCCUGCACAUGGAGCAGGCAUUGCAGGAGGACACGGGGAGGUACACCUGUGAGGUGACCAAUGCCCUUGGCUCACACAGGCAGGAUGUGUCCCUGAUCAUACACGUUCCUCCCAGCAUUGAGCUUGGUCCUGUCCUUGUCACUGCCACUGAGGGCACAGCUGUCACCCUGCAGUGCAAUGCCACCGGUGUGCCCCCUCCAACUGUCACCUGGACAAAGGGCAUGGAGCCCAUUUCCCUGAGCCCACGCUACCACCUUGAUCCUGACGGGACCCUCCUGAUCCCUUCAUCCUCCCCUGAGGAUGAAGGGAACUACUUCUGCACAGCUACCAACACAGCAGGCUACUCCAGCCAGGAGGUGCAGCUCUCCAUCAGCACAAAGCCCAGGAUCAGCGUGAAUGGAUCACGGGUGUUGGACCCCAUCACCGUCCUGGCUGUGCUUGGGCAGGAGACCACUCUGCCCUGUGAGGUUCAGGGCUAUCCCCCUCCCUUGCUGGUGUGGACCCAGGAGUCCCAGCUGCUGCCUCUUGCCACCACGAGCUACAGCAUCCUCCCCUCGGGGUCCCUCCGGCUGGCCAAGCCCCAGGUGACAGACAGUGGCCUCUACACCUGCACGGCCACCAAUGCAGCAGGGAAUGCCUCUCUCAGCUAUAACCUCCAUGUCCAAGUUCCCCCCCAGCUGCUGAUUGGUGAUGGAGAAACACACCUGACUGCUGUCACCAGUGACUCCCUGAGGAUUCACUGUCGUGCCACGGGCAUCCCCACACCCCAGAUCCAGUGGCUGAAGGAUGGGCACCCCCUGGGCAAGAGGGAUGGUGUGGUGGUGUCUGAGGAUGGUGGGACUCUGCUGAUCACCCGUGUGGGACUUGGACAUGAAGGGCUCUACAUCUGCCAGGGUAGAAACUGGGCAGGGGUGGCCCAGGCCAACGUGCAGGUUUCAGUGCAAGUGCCUCCCAACAUCGAGCCCAGUGUGGUGGACCUGGUCAUCCUGGAGAAUGGCACAGUGUCCCUGGAGUGCCUGGCCUCAGGGCUGCCUGCUCCUGACAUUGCUUGGUACAAGGGGCAUAAGCAGCUCUCAGCUGGACCAGGCUGGACCCUGUCCAGGGAUGGGAAGCACCUGGAGAUCGAGCAUGCCCAGCUGUCUGAUGCUGGCAGCUAUCGCUGUGUGGCCUCCAACGUGGCUGGUGUCACCGAGCUCUGGUACAGCCUGAAGGUGACUGUGCCCCCACGGAUCACCAACAGCCCCAGCUCCCUCAAGGUGGUGGUGAAUGAUCCAGUGACACUGGAGUGUGAUGCCACGGGAACCCCUUCUCCGGUGCUGCUGUGGCUGAAGGAUGGCAAUCCAGUGCCCAGUGUGAUGACAGGUGGCCCACAGGUCCUCUCGGGUGGGCACACUCUGUCCCUGCCCACCGCUCGCCUCCAGGACUCGGGGACAUACACGUGUGUAGCCAGCAGUGCUGUGGGGGAGGACAGACAUGAGGCCACCCUGGAGGUGUGGUUGCCUCCCACUGCCCUGGGUGAGGAGGAGCACAUCUCUGUCCUCGUCAACCAGCCGGUGACCCUGGAGUGUCUGGUCCCCGGGGUGCCCCCUGGGGGGUCCCGCUGGCUGAAGGAUGGGACCUUGCUCCUACCAAAGCCAGGUGUGAAGCUGUCUGCAGAGGGGACUGUGCUCCAGAUUGGGCAAGCCACCCUGCAGGACACAGGCAGGUACACGUGCCAGGUGCCUGGCCAGCCAGAGAAACACCACAGCCUCUCCGUGUGGGUGCCACCAUCCUUCUCCUCGGCAGAGCCCACCACCCUGCCCGUGCUGGAGGGACAGUCCAUCAGGCUGGCCUGCGAGUGCCAUGGCAUCCCCUUCCCCACCCUGAGCUGGCAGAAGGAUGGUGAGCCCCUCUCUGCCCAGUCUGGGAGCCCCAAGUUGGUGUCCACAGGAGGGACUGUGCUGUACAUCGAGAAGGUAUGGCUGAUGGACAGUGGGACAUACACCUGUGAGUGCAGGAAUGCUGCUGGCAGCAGCAGCAAGGAGCAUCACCUGGAGGUGCAGGCGCUGCCGAGGAUCCAGAGCAGCAGAAAAGCCCCGAGGAAAGUUUCUGUCAUCAAGGCUGGAGAGAUGGUUUUGGAGUGUGGGGCCAUGGGGACACCACCACCCACAGUAACGUGGAUCAAGGAUGGGCAGCCCGUGGCUGGCAGGGAUGGGCUCCUGCUUUUGGAGCAAGGGAGGCGAUUGUGCAUCCCCAAGGCAGAGGUGGCCCAUGCAGGACGCUACACUUGCCUGGUGGAAACCACGACAGGGCAGGAGCAGAGGGAGUUUGAAGUCACAGUGCAUGUUCCUCCUGAGUUUAUUCAAGGAUCAGGAUCAACAACCAACAUCAGCGUGCCUCUGCAUGGAACCCUGACACUGACCUGUGAGGCCACUGGUGUUCCCCUGCCCACAGUCACCUGGUUCUGGGAUGGCUCUCCUGUCACCCCCAGUGAGCACACCCAUGUGCUUUCAGGGGGCUGGGCGCUGAGGCUCAGCCGUGCACGAGCUCAGGAUGAUGGUCACUAUUCCUGCCUGGCCAGCAACAUAGCUGGGGAAGCCAGGAGACAUUUCUACGUGGAGGUCCUAGUUCCUCCCCACAUGGAGAAUGCAGAUGAAGAUGUGACCACCAAAGUGUCUGAGGGCCACCCUGUCACCUGGUCCUGCCUGGCUAUGGGCAACCCUCAGCCGAAGAUCACCUGGCUGAAAGAUGGCCACCCUCUGCCCAGUGGAGACACCUUCUCCAUCUCCCCUAAUGGCUCUGUACUCCACAUCCCCCAAGUCUCCCUGUCUGAUGCUGGCCACUACUCCUGCGUGGCCUCCAGCUCUGUGGGGGACCAAACCAAGCACUACCUGCUGGAUGUUUCAGCCAGUCCCAUGUUUGCUAGAGAUGACCACCAUGCUGCUGCAGAAGAAGUCACAGUGAUCGUCAACAACCCCAUCUCCCUGGCCUGUGAGGCUCUGGAAUACCCAUCUCCCAACAUCACCUGGCUCAAGGAUGAUGUUCCCCUCAAAGCAUCUCAAAGCAUCCAGCUGCUCCCUGGUGGCCACGGGCUGCAGAUCCUGAAUGCCCAAGAAGAGGACUCUGGCAGGUACAGCUGCAUCGUGGCCAACGAAGCUGGGGAGGCUCUGAAGAACUAUGCUGUCAAGGUCUUGGUUCCUCCUUGGAUUACCAGAGAUGACCCUUUGGGGGAAUUUGCCAUGAAAGAGGUAAAAGCCAGUGUCAACAGCACAGUGACACUGGAGUGUGAGACCUGGGCUGUACCUGAGCCAACCAUCCAGUGGUACAAGGACAAGCAGCUCCUGGAAAGUGCUGGUCACCUCCAGAUCCUCAGUGAGGGGCAGGUCCUUCAGAUCAAACCAGCUGGUGUCUCAGAUUCAGGACACUACACCUGUGUGGCCACCAACACUGUGGGAGAAGACAACAGGGACUUCAUUGUGGAUGUCCAAGUGCCACCCCUCUUCCAGCAGCAGACAAGCCCCAAAGAAGCCCUUGAGAUUUUCUACCGGGAAGAAGACCAGGAUGGGGAGGUGACAGAGCACAGGCAGGCUGUCCUGGACCAGCCCACUGCACUCUACUGUGACACCAGUGCCAUCCCACCCCCCCAGCUCACCUGGUACAAGGAUGGGAAGCCCCUCUCCCCUGGCCCGGGGGUGCUGAUACUGCUAGGGGGCCGGGUGCUGCAGCUGCCGGCGGUGCGGGAGCAGGACGGGGGCAGGUACACCUGCCAGGCCACCAGUGCUGCGGGGUGGGACCGCCUGCACUACCAGCUGGAGGUGCUGACCCCACCAGCCAUCCGUGAUGGCAUGGAGGACUUGGCUGAGGAGGUGACAGCCACCAUCAACAACACUGUCCACUUCAAAUGUGAAGCCACUGGGCACCCUUUGCCCACGGUGACCUGGCUCUGGAAUGGUGUCCCCAUUGUGGCUGGCCCACGGCACCAGCUUCUGGAGGGUGGCAUGGUCCUUCAGGUGGCUGCAGUGGAGGUGGGUGACACUGGCAGCUACAUGUGUGUGGCGGAGAACCCAGCUGGGUCAGCAGAGAAGCAUUUUGCCCUCACUGUGCAGGGGUCCCCAGGCAUCCAGGACCUGCAGCAGGAGGUGCUGCAUGCUGACGUGGGGAGCCCCCUCAUCCUGACCUGCCGUGUCACCGGUGUGCCCUCCCCUGCUGUCACCUGGCUGAAGGACGGGAGCCCGCUGGAGAGCAGCCCGGAGCAGGGCCUGGUGGCCGGGGGGGCCCAGCUCCAACUCAGCCCCCUGCAGCCCUUCCACCAGGGCCAGUACACCUGCCUGGUGAGGGGUCCGGGCAAUGAGACACGCAAGGACUUCAUGGUGCUGGUGCAAGUGGCACCCCGGAUUGCCAGCACAGGGUUCCCCAGUGAGCACAGUGUGCUGGAGGGCAGAGAGGUGAUGCUGGAGUGCCGGGCAGAGGGGCAGCCUACCCCCCAGAUCUCCUGGCUGAAGGAUGGGCAGCCUCUGAGGCUGGAGCCUCCUUCAGCAGCCCGGAUGUCCCCAGAUGGCAGCUCCCUGCUCCUUGAGGGGCUCCAAGCCGCUGACUCGGGGACAUACACCUGCCUGGCCCAGAACAGCGCGGGCGAAGACGUGCGGCUGCACAGGCUGAGUGUGCUGGUCCCCCCGGUCAUCGAGAGAGGUGACGAUGACUCGGAGGUGGUUCGUGCUGUCCUGUCUGCGGUGGUGAUGCUGGAGUGCCGGGCGCAGGGCUCCCCUCCCCUGCACGUGAGCUGGCUGAAGGAUGAGCUGCCCCUCAGCCUGUCCCCACGGGUCACCCUGCUCUCAGCUGGGCACGUCCUCCGGAUCUCCCAGGCACAGGUCUCUGACACUGGGCUCUACACCUGCAUCGUCUCCAGCCAGGCAGGGGUGGCCAAUCACAGCUUCAUCCUGCAGAUACAGGUGCCCCCCCUCCUGGAGAGCCCAGACAGCAGUGAGGAGCGGAUGGUGGCUGAGGGCUCAGAUGUCACCUUCACCUGCAAAGCCACUGGGUCCCCAGCACCAGUGGUGACCUGGUUGAAGGAUGGUGAGCCCCUGGCACGGCAGAGCGACCAAGUGGCAGGCGGCUCAGAGCUGAGCCUGGUGGCUGUGGGAGUGGCUGAUGCGGGGGUGUACUCCUGCCUGGUGGCCAACGAAGUGGGGGAGGCCAGCAAAGCCUUCCACCUCCUGGUGACAGAGCCACCCCGAGUUGAGGCUGCACCCCAUCCCACCGAGAUGGCCAUUGCUGUGGGCACCCCACUAGAGCUGACAUGUGUGGUGACUGGUGUCCCCAUGCCCACUGUCGCCUGGGAGAAGGAUGGGCAACUGCUGGCAGGGCCCUGGCUCAUGUCAGGGAAUGAGAGCACCCUCCACAUAGAGAGCACAAAGGUGGCAGAUUCUGGCUUGUACACCUGCCUGGCUGCUAGUCCUGUUGGGGAGGACAGCAGGAGCUUCCAUGUCAGUAUCCAAGCACCUCUCAGCAUUGCAAGCAUUGGAGAGACUUACAGCAUCACUGCUGUGUUGGGGGGGCACCUCAUCCUGGAGUGCCCUGAAGAUGCUGUGUCACCCCCCCACAUAGAGUGGCACUGGGAGGGCUCCCCACUGCAGGAGGAUGCCCACAGGCAGGUCUUGGCCGAGGGACGUGUCCUGCAGAUCCAGGACCUGGGGGCAGCAGAUGGUGGAGAGUACAGCUGCAGGGUCACCAACGCCCUGGGGGACACCAGCCUGCGCCUCCGAGUGGAGGUUCUUGUGGCUCCAGAGAUCCAGCCAGGCCCUGAGGAGGUGAGGGCACUGCUGAAGGGCUCAGUGGUGCUGCCGUGCCGGGCAGAGGGGUGGCCUGUGCCCCAGCUGACGUGGAGGAAGGACGGGCAGCUCCUGCCUCUCCACGGGAGCAGCAGGCUGCAGCUCCUGCCAGAUGGCUCCCUGCAGAUCCACCCUGUUCAGGUCCAGGAUUCAGGCUAUUACCUCUGCAUGGCAUCCAGCCCUGCUGGCACUGACCGGCGAGGCCUGGACCUCCAUGUCCUGGUCCCUCCUGCCAUUCCCUCUGGGCCCUCCAACCUCACCCUGCUGGCCCAGCGUCCAGCCCUGCUGGGCUGCAACGCCCAGGGAACCCCCAAGCCCCAGGUCAGGUGGGAGAAGGAUGGCCACCCCCUGAACCCCCACCUCCCACCUGGCGCCUACAGUUUGCAGCCCUUGGGGUCUCUGCUCAUCACCAGCCCUGGUCCUCAGGAUGAGGGACAGUUUGAGUGCAUUGCUACAAACGCUGCCGGAGAGGCACGCAAGGUCUUUCUGGUGUCCAUUCAUGUGCCCCCUACUAUUGCCGAUGACCUUACAGACAUGGUUGUCACCCGGCUUUCCCCUGCCUUCCUCACCUGCUAUGCCUCUGGCGACCCCCCACCCAAGGUGUCGUGGAGCAAGGAUGGGGCUCAGCUGGGCAGCCGAGGAGGGGGCUACCGUGUCCUGCCCACAGGGGCUCUGGAAAUCAGGCAGGUGCUGCCUGCCCAUGCCGGCCGCUACACCUGCACGGCGAGGAGCAGCGCUGGCACUGCCCGAAAGCACCUCUGGCUCACCGUGCAUGAGCCCCCUGCCCUGAAGCCCCUGCCCAGCAUGGUGAUGGUGAUGGUCAACACCAGCGUGGUGUUGUCCUGUGAGGCAAGCGGGGUCCCCCAGCCAGAGCUCUCCUGGCAGAAGGACGGUAUUGGCAUCACUGGAGGACCCAGGCUGAAGGUGCUCCCUAACGGGCAGCUGCAUCUCCCCCGAGCCUCCCUGCAGGACGCGGGCACCUACCUGUGCGUGGCUCGUAACCCCGCGGGCACCGCAGCGGGGAGGACCAGGCUGAUUGUGCAAGUGCCCCCCGUCAUCGCAGCCGGCCCAGCAGAGCUGGCUGUCCUGGAGGGGCUGGAGGUGCUGCUGCCCUGCUCUGCUUAUGGAGUCCCUGACCCUCGUGUGUCCUGGAGCCGGGAGGGAGUCCCAGUGUGGGGUGGUGGGGGGAAGGCCACCAUCCUGCCCUCUGGGGAACUGCUGCUCCGGGAUGUCCAGGAAGGGGAUGCCGGGAGCUAUUCCUGCACUGCAGUGAACUCGGCCGGCAGGGCUGUCCGCCAGCUCUCCCUCUCCGUCCACACCCAACCCACCUUCACCCACCUGCCUGGAGAUGUCACCCUGGGCUGGGGCGAGAGCCUGGAGCUGGUGUGUGCUGCCACGGGCAGUCCCCAGCCCCACAUCUCCUGGACAGCCAAUGGGCAGCUUGUCACUGAUGGUGUGUCAGAGCAGAGUGGCUGGAGCACCCUGCGGAGGGAGGCAGCCACUCGUGCCGACACUGGGACCUACGUCUGCCGUGCCCAGAACAGCGUCGGUGCCAUCAGGGCCACUGCCUUUGUCUCCAUCAGAGAGGCACCCAGCAUACGGGGGGAUGCCAGCACCUACCAGGUGGAGCCCCCCGGGGGUGAUGCCCUCCUUGACUGCCAUGCCCGGGGCCACCCUGUGCCCCUCAUCCGCUGGAGCAAGGAUGGGGUGCCCGUGGUGGCUGGUGGGCACCUGCGCCAGCUGCAGAAUGGCUCCCUGGUCAUCCAUGCCGUGGGGAGCGCUGAUGCAGGGCACUACCGGUGCAUGGCAGAGAACGACGCAGGCACAGCAGCAAAGGUUGUCACCCUGGCUCUGCAGAGUGCCCCCGCGGUGAUGGUGACACCACAAGUGGUGGUGGUGCACGCUGGGCAGCGGGUGCUGCUGCACUGUGCCGUGUCAGGGGACCCUACCCCCUCUGUGGAGUGGCAACGAGACAGAGAGCCUCUGCCUGAGGGUCCCCACGCCCGCAUCCUACCCAAUGCCACUUUGGUCCUGCCUGCUGUCGCCCACAGUGAUGCUGGCAGCUACUCCUGCCUCGCUCGCAACGCCCUCGGGACUGCUGUUGCCCACGUCUCCCUGGCUGUCCAAGGGGAGCCACGGCGGGUGCGGGGCAGCGUGGUCGGUGCCAUCAAUGCCCACAAGCUCAGUGUCACCACCCUUGAUGCCACUGUGCUGGAUGACCCACACUCUGGCACUGCUGUCAUCCAGAGCAGCAUCAGAGGCAUCCCACCUGCCGUAGGGCCCCUGAUGCAGGUGCUGGUGGCCAUCGUUGCCCCUGUUUACUGGUCCUUGGCACAUGCUGGUGGGGAUGCCCCGAAUGGAGUCCUGCUCACCCAGGGCACGUUCCAACAUGAGUCACAGCUGGAAUUUCCCACAGGGGAGCUGUUGCGGGUCACCCACCUCGCCCGGGGAGCAGAUGCCACCGGCGUUCUGCUGCUGGACACGGCCAUCAGCGGCUCCGUGCCCGAGAGCACCGGCGAGGCUGCCGUGCUGCUGCAGGACUUCAGCGAGCGCUACGUGUGGGUGGGCGCAGGGCAGCUCUCGGGGGGCUCAGUGCAGACCUUCCUGGGGGGCGGGCGCGUCAUCCGCGCCCGCUGCAAUCACACCAUCGUGUACGACCCCCCCGCGGGCCUGCAGCCCCCCCUGGUGCAGCAUGUCCGGGCCAGCGCUAUUGAAGCCUCCUACGAUCCAGCCUCUGAGGAGCUCUCCUUCCAGCUCCGUGCUUCACUUGAUGCAGGGGCCAACGGAGACCAGUGCCCACCAGGAUUCAUGCUGGGCCCUCAACAGCUGUACUGCACUGACGUCGAUGAAUGCACCGAGGGGUCUCACACCUGUCGCUACAACCAGCUCUGCCAGAACACCCUGGGGAGGUACCACUGCACCUGCCCCCCCGGGUAUCACUCGCUGGGUGCUGGCUGGCCAUGCCUGGACAUAAACGAGUGCCUGCGGUUUCCUCCACCCUGUGCCUUUGAGUGCCGCAACCUGAGGGGCUCCUAUGAGUGCCUGUGCCCCCCUGGCAGGGCCCUGCUGCCAGGUGGUCAGUGCAGCAGAGCAGGGGUGAAUGGAGAGAGCACAACGGGCAGCACCUCCCGGGACCCCUCUGUGCUUUGGCUGAGGCCGAGGAGCCGUGCACAGGGACGUUCCUUCUACACCCAGCUUGCUCUCCACCGUGUGGCCAAGGCUGCAGGGGUGGGUACCCGGGACCACCCCUGCCCCACAGGCUUCAUCAGGAGGAACAGUACCUGCACUGAUCUUGACGAGUGCCAGAUGCUGAACCAGUGCCAGCACGAGUGCAGGAACAGCCCAGGCAGCUACCACUGCAUCUGCCCCCCCGGCUACCGGCUGCUGCUCAAUGGGAAGACCUGCCAUGACAUAGACGAGUGUGCAGAGGGCACGAUCCAGUGUGGCUCGAGCCAGAUGUGCUUCAACACCCGUGGAGGUGCCGAAUGCGUGGAUGCACCGUGCCCAGCCGGCUACCGGAGAGGCUCCAGCCCUGGGGUGUGCAUCGGUGGCUGUGCCCCCACCUGCGGCUCGGCCGGUGUCCCCACGCUGCGGUACCGGCUGCUCACCCUGCCCCGUGGCAUCGCCGCCGGCCGGGACGUGGUGCACCUCACCCCGGGGGCUGCCCUCCGCCAGCCCCCCACCUUCACGCUGCUGGAGCAGGAGCCCGGCAGCCCCUUCGCCCUCCGCACCGAGCGGGGCCGCGGCAUCGUCUCCACCCUGUGGCCGCUGCAGGACCCCGGCACCCACCGCCUGAAGGUGCAGGCGCUGGCCCCGGGCGGGAGGCGAGCACCCAGCAUCUUCCUCCUCAUCAUCUCCGUCUCACCUUACCCCUACUGACGCAGCCGAGGGGCAGGAGGGCACAUGGGUUCAUGUCUUCUCUUGUCCCUCACCACCGCACCGAGGGGGGCAUGCGGCUCAGGGAGAGCUGAGCUUGCACCUUUCCUCUCCACCCCCCUUGCUUCUCCCCUUCACCUGGGGCUAGUCCCUGACUCAUCAGGGUCCUUGGGGAUGGACAAGGUGUCCCGCCAGCCUCUUGCAAUCGGGUUUUGUUGCAAUCCUGCAACCCGCACUGGUGGCCCUGGGGCAAACAGCUCUGGAUGGCCUUGGCCGAGAUCAGCCCCUAGAUAGAGUGAGGUGGGGGGCUGAGCUGAGUGACAGAGGCUGGUGAGGGUCCCACUGAGGUGCAGGGUGUGCUCCCCAGGCUGGGGUGGACACAGGGCACCCUGGUAUUAGCCAUAUAUUAAAUUUGAAAUAGCCUUGUGUGCAAUUUUUUUUUUUUAAUCCACUUGGUUUCUGCACACACUUAUUUAUUUAUGGUUUUGUUCCAAAUAAAGGUGUUUUGUGGAUA